CUAUAGUACGUAAAAUUAAAUCUAUAGGAGAAAUUUAAACGUGACGAAGGCAGAAGGGUAGACCAUGCUUAAAGACUUCACUGUGUUGUGUACGGAUUUAAAUUUUUCUUAAAAUAUGGACCUACUGAUUGAGUGUUUUUCAGUAUUUGGAAUAAUUCUGCUUUUUUCAGUUGAGGAUUGUCUGAGCUCGAGAUACCAUCAACUUUACUAUGCGUAUCGUUACAAGGAAGAAAGUUCUGAUAGCUGGAUUGCUGGAGCUGUAGUCGGGGGGAUAUUUGGCUUCAUUGUAUUAAUUACCAUAACCUACAUAUGCUGCCAAGCUAAUGGUUGCUGCAAAACGGUCAAACCGCAACAUCGCCAAAGAGCCAUAGUACCUGUCGCUCAUGCAUACGCCACUACCAUUAAUGUUCAGUCUCGACCCGGAAGUGAAAUCUCCAGAAAUCAGAUUCGUCUUCACACAGAGGAUCUUGUUAUAAACAAUAGUGCCGAAUUCUUCCGAAAUAAUGCACCACUGGAUUCUUCGACUAAUAGACACCAUCGACCUCUAAACGAACCACCCCCUACACUUCCGGGUUAUCGACCGCAGAUAACUGUCGUCCGAGAACUUUCCGAGGACCGCAUUUUAUCACCGCCUCCACCAUAUACAGAAAUGGACAUAUCAAACGCACAGAGGACUUCAAGCUCCUAAAAUCUGUGUCCAAUGCAUGUGUUAUAUCGGUGUAUUUUCUGCAUGGUGCUCGAUUCGAUAUCUUUAUUUUAUCGAUGCUUUCUUUUAUUAUGCUUUAAAGUUAAAGCAAUGUAUUCUCAUUUCACUGUAUAUACAGUAGAUUUGCUUCUCGUUGAACGAGAUAACCAUGAGAUACUUGUAUUUUGUAUAUAUUUCCUGUUACAUCUUUGUUAUUUGUGAUAUUCUUUAUUGAU